AUGUCAUUCGCCAAGAAACACAGUUGGUGUGAAGAAUCCAUAGAUCCACAGACGAGCAUUUUCUAUCCGCCCAACCCAAUGUCAGUCGGACCAGAAACUCUAAUGGAGCUAGUGCAACAGGAGUUUGGAGAAUGGAGCGAGAGGUCUGCGUGCAAUACUACAAAAAGGGCGCAAGAAGCCCCUCGGUAUCGACCUCUAAGCGACACUGUGAGUCCAAAGGCUGGUCCGAAUGAUAUCCAUCAAUUACCUCAAGUACACCUCACUCCUACUCUCCAUCCCAACAGCGAUGGGUUCAUUUUCGGUAACACAAUGGAGUACCAAGCAUUCCUCGGCCCCCCCGUAGCUCUUCCUUCCGUCAGCAUGGCUUCGACCCGGAAGGUUGAAUUGGAGCUCAUCAAUCCGUUUGCGCGAAAUCGUGACCGAAGGCAUAAGUUCUCAAGAGAUAUCAUUAUACCCCCAGUGGAUGGGGAAAUAAGCAGCUAUAUAAAAGUAAAGCUGCGUGUAUCCAACGGUCGCCACGCCAGCGAGAAUCGCCAAAUCGUCAAGCGUGGCUGCUCGAACAUUCGAACAGCAAUUCCUAUAAACUCGGAAAGUUGUUCACAGAGAGAUGAUGGCAGUCUCCAGCUUGUGUCUCCCUCCAUGCCUCCAAGUAUUGGCAUACAUAGUGUCCUUCAUGAGAAUCAGUUGGAUGGACAGUGCCUGAGAUUCUCCAUGGCACAGGAAGACCCAUCUGUAAAGCACGCGUUACUGGCAUUGAGCGGCAGUUAUUGGCUCGAUUACAACUCGCAACCAAGCCUUCGAGAGCGUGUUAAUUAUAACUAUGAUCAAGCCAAAGAGAUGAUAAGCGUCGCACUGAGAAAACCACAAACCCAAGCCAUUGGGCAGGGUGAUAAUCUCAUUGCUACCAUAGUGCUCCUUGUAGUAGAUGAUUGUGUGAACUGGGAAUUGCGUAUUAAUAAUGCGGAACCAAAUUGGAUGUUGGCUGCUCGCGCUGCAAGGCACGGAUAUGCAAACUGGAUAGCUCUUGCGUGCAUCCUCGGAGAACUCGUAACCCCGCUAGCAUCGAGGGGGAACCCAAAUGCUUACGGCUGGCUCCUAGCAGGUACACAAAAAGAGAGCUGGAAGAUCCACGGUAGCACAGGUCUGUGUCCGAAAUUACUUCACAUAAUCUCACAGAUAACUUAUCUAUCUGUUUUGGUGAAGGAAGAUGCCUCGACGGCCCCUAUUUACGCUGCAAAGGUGAUUUGUAGCGGGCUAAAGUCGUUCCAUCAAUGGUCAGAACUCUCUGAUGGUUACCCAAGUGCCGAAGAGCUGCUCCGUUCAUGCGAUUUGGAUGAAACUGGGAAAGUCCAGACUGCGACAAAAGUUACCGAACUUACUGGGGAAACUUGGGUCGCUGCCGCCCAGAUCUAUCUCUAUUGCCGACUGCUUAGAAAACCUCGCUACCACCCCGACGUCCAAAAAAGCGUAAAAACUCUAUGGAAGUGCGUUACUCGGAUGCCAUAUUCAGGGAUUCUGUUCACUUCCCAGGCGCCUUUUUGUCCUAUUUUCAUUGCUUCUCUCGUUUCUAUAGAGAAAACGGAUAGAAGGAUAGCCGAGGAGUGGUUUACAACAGUAGGCUUGAAAGGUAAAUGUAGAUCGUAUAUAAUAGCCCUUACUUCCGCAAUGGAAUAA